CUAUAAAAAUCUGUUGUAAAAUUAUAUUCCGAUACUGAUAGAAAGAUGUUAAAGAAAUUGUAACGCAUUUUUAAACUACCGGGUACUUUAAGUGCUCUGUUCUGAAAGUAAUCGUGAAUGUAACUAACAAAAGCAGAAACAGCUGUAGAGAGAUUACUUCAUCGCCGCAUUAAAGUCUUAACAAUAAUCAACAAAAAAUGCAAACUUCCCAAUACUUAAAUCAACUACACACCGCCGACAAAUUGUCCGAAGAGCCAUGGCCAGAAGAUGCGACGCUCUAUCAGCCCUUCGAAGCGGAACAGAUUUUAUUACCAGAGAGCGCUAGUUGCUUAGCUGUGAAAGCAUAUUUAAAAAUGUGCAAUUUGCCGUUUGGUAUACGCACUUGCGCAAAUGCGGAGCACAUGUCACCCGGCGGUCGAAUGACCAAGCUACCAUUCAUCCGCGCGGGUGCAUUUUUAUUUGCGGAGUUCGAGCCAAUUGUGAAUUUUGUGGAGCAGAAAGACAUGGCCAUAGGCAGCUGGCAAGAUGAGGAUGAAAAAGCAGAUAUGCGUACAUAUGUCUCGCUUGUAGAGAACAUCUUCACUAUGGCGGAGCUGUAUGUAAGCUUUAAAAACGAUCGAGUCUACAAAGAGGUCACUGCACCGCGAAAUGGAGCCGUUUAUCCGUGGCCAUUGAAUGUCAUUCAAAAUUAUAGCAAACGUCGCAAUGCACUGCGUCAAUUGAAGGUCUAUCAGUGGCACGAUCUGGAUAUCGAUCAAGUCAUUGAUAAAGUGGCCAAAUGUUGUGAGACACUUGAAUAUAAACUGAAGGAAUCACCAGAUACACCCUUCUUCUUUGGCGACCAGCCCUGUGAAUUGGAUGCCAUUGCCUUUGGUCAUUUGUUUACGAUCUUAACAACAAGGCUGCCAAACAUGGCUCUGGCGCAAACUGUACAAAAAUUUGGUCAUUUGGUUUCAUUUUGUCGCUUCAUCGAUGAGAAAUAUUUUCAAAUGAGCAAAUAAUUACUUUACCUCUGGGCGCAACUAAAAAUAAUAUUUUUUCAAGAAAAUUUAAAUUAAUGUUGAUAGUAAUUGUUAAAUAUUUUUUACAAUAAAUGUUAACUAAAUAUGAAUAUGAUUUUAAUUUGUAUAUUUAUAUCGAAGACCUACAUAGUCGACUUGUUAUUCUUUCGUACAAAGCUUAGUAAGAUUUUUUAGCGUUGUAUAAUCACUCAACGCCUAACGGUACUUCUAUAUCGAAAGGUACAAGCAAAGACCCCUGUAUGUAAAAUAAACGGAAUUUUGCAAUCAAACCAAA